CCCACAUAAAGUGGAGUUCACUUCGAAAACUUAUCGGUGACUCCGGGAACUUCUAACCUACUUCACUGGAUCUCGCGAGCUCACUUCCAGUAAGCCUUCGUGUUGAGAGAAUUUUCCGCGAUCCGCGAUCGAUAGGUGGAAAAUACGACGGGGCUUCUCUCGAACAUGGAGAGGCUUGCGCCUUUUGAAAUUCUCCUCGGAUUUCUAUUGCUCUCCGCCUUACCCGCCAGUCUCGAGCCCGUGACAGCUGGCCAAAGUGCCUUGCUUCAACAGCUUCUUGAAGGCCGCGAAGAUAGUCUCCAUACGUAUGAGGAGGAGGCUUACGAAACUUGCAGACGCUAUGUUGCCCUGCACGACGCGAGCAGAGCGGUGGCCAGUCAAGCAUUCCAAGCAGGUUCUUCCCGCGAGGCGACGAGUUUGAUGCAAGCCGACGAAGAAGAGCCUCAACAGGGACCGAACCUCGCCAGAGACAUCCGGAGACCGCCGUCACGAGCUCGGAGCGUCUCGUUCCGCGGACAAGGCGAAGAAGGCGAUUUCGGCGGCUCCCACGACAUCACUAGGAUCGUCACUUCGAAAAAACGCAGCUGCAUCCGUCGCGGUGGCUCAUGCGAUGCCAGGCCAAGCGACUGCUGUUACCAUUCGUCGUGCAGGUGCAAUUUGUGGGGUACUAACUGCCGGUGUAUGCGUAUGGGCCUCCUGCAGAGGUGGAUCAAUGGCAAGCGCUAA